AUGGCCAUUGAAUCUCUGAGAGAGAGAACUGGAAUGAUGAGUGAUGUUGCAAAGAAAUUCAGUGUUCUCAUAAACUUCUCUGACCUGACAUCUAGUGAGCUAGAAAAGCAGGCAAAAGAUUUGUGUAAUACUCUCACAUCUGGGGAUCAUUCUGAUUUAAAUUAUGAUGAACUGAUUGUAGAGAUGCAGUCAUUUCCAAAACAAUGGCCAAAACAAAAUAUGACAACAUUAGACCUUCUUGUUUUUCUGGAGGAGAAAGGCCUGAAAGAGAUCUAUCCAAACAUGUGGGUGGCAUUAAGAAUUGCUGUCACUACACCUGUGACUGUGGCAUCUGCAGAGAGAAGCUUCUCUAAACUUAAGCUCAUUAAAACUUAUUUAAGGUUUACUAUGUCACAGGAGCGCCUAAAUGGGCUGGCAAUAAUUAGUAUUAAUAGAGAAAUAUCCAAACAGAUUUCGUAUGAUGACACUAUAGAUGAUUUUGCUGCAAGAAAGUCAAGAAGAGUCAGGUUUUAA